AUGGAGCCCCGCCCAGUGACGGCGGAACCGUCAAACAAACGGCCUCGGUCUCCUGGGGCCGAGCACCUACAAUCUCAUCAGUCCAAGAUGCCCAAAACACACUCGAACCACCUCCAGAUCAACUAUCUCGCGCGCCAGUACCCCGAUAACCUUCCCCUAGUCGCGCCAGACGACACCAUGCCCGCGAUCAUCCAUUUGAUUGGCGAAUACGACGGAGUGCUCCAUCGCCAUGAAAGUAUUGCUGGAAACCUGGGCGCAUGUCCGCUGGGCCCGAUUCUCAUCAAGCGCUUUGAGCGCUUGUUCGAUGGACCCCCGCGCGUACUCAAGUCGCACGGCAAGGAUGGUCCCACGGUUACCUGGUUGGAUGUGGUUGAGUUCGCCAAGAACAAGCCAGAGCAGUUCAACCUGGAAAAGUCGCGCAACGGCGUGCGGGUUUGCCAGUUCUAUACGAAGCAGUGUCGAGUAGAGAUUAGCGAGGAGGACUUUGUGCUUAUUGCGUCGGGCAUGCCGCAGAAGAUGAUUCCCCCGCAGCCUAUCAUUGAAGAUGAGGAGAAGGAGUUGGGAGCGCUGGAGAUUUUGGAGAAGAAUCUGCAACAAAUCAUCCAGAUGGCUGAUCAAGUCUCCGCUCGAGCUCGCCAGCUUAGCUACCGUCUGAAGAACCGCCGCACAGCAAUCGUCAGCCGCCGCGAAAAUGACGCCUCGCUCAAUGCGCAAACGCGCGCUGCUGCUGCUGAUGUCUGGCGUGAUUUGAAAGGCCCUGGUCCUACAAACGGGCAGUCCACUGCCUCCCCAUCGGGCUUCGUCGCAGUCAAUGCACACCGGCCAGAGGGCGAGUCGGAAGAAACCCCACUACCAUCGCAAUUCAUGUUCUCCCAUUCCAAUACGGACAAUAUUACCAUUAUCAACGGAACCUCGAUCAAGGGCGCAUCGCCUACAACGCGAGCAGACUUGAUGAAGAAGUUCUUUACUACGGCGGACCGUCAAGCUCGCGGCUAUGACGAAGUCACCGGUACGACCAAUCCGAUUCAGCCUCGGCCUCGGCCUCAAGGCUCCGAUCCAGCCGAGUAUAGUAUCUGGAACAGUAACAACAACAACAACAAUGGUACCAACAAUGGUACCGCCAGCGGCAAUGGCAGCGGCAACAACAGCAGCAAUAGCAUCACUAACAACAACUCGACGCCGGUGGCCAUCCCUGGAACUCCAUCCUCGUUACUGCCCCCACCGAAGAACACGCCUCAAGAAAAAGACGACGGUGGUCCAUUCAAGCUGGAGAUGGUCGCACGAAUGGAGGAGCUCCAGCGAGGCGAGCGGGUCAGCCCACCCUGUGACCGAUGCCGUCGUCUCCACAUGGACUGCCUCAAAAAUCUGACUGCCUGCAUGGGCUGCACCAAGAAGCACGCUAAAUGUUCCUGGCGCGACGUGAAAGAAGAUGAACUGCAAGCCGCAUGGGGUCCAUCAGCACCGCGCGAACCCCGAGAAAUCCGCGAGUCGCACGAGCGCAUGGAAGAAGACCGCCUUCCACCGUUGAACCUACCUGGUCUCGUUCCUUCGCCCGGCGCUCCAAUCUCCGCCGAGCGAGAGCGCUACGGACAUCUUGACCGUCCAGCCCGACCUUCCGAGACCCCCAGCGACCCGCAAUACUCCCAGCACAGCCGCCGCGAGUCUGCGCCUGGUGCGCCCCACAUCAGCCCCGGCUCCGGCGCGUCUAUGGGUCUCCCUGCCUCUGAGAAAUCACCCCGCCGUGCCAUGAGUGAGACGGAGGGUGGUGGCAGUCGUGGACAGCAGCAUGGACCCCCGCCUCGACAUGCCGAGGAUGAUGACCCGGAUGCGAAUCAGCGGCUGAUGCAGGCUAUUCUUGAUACGGUGGAUCACCACGCGCGCGUGGCGGCUGCUGUGCAGGAAAAGGAGCGUGGCGCAGAGCGUGCUGGAGAGAGUCAGCCCAGCUCUCAUAAGGAGCGGGAUGCUGAGCGUGAACGUGAGCGUGAACGUGAGCGAGAACGUGAGCGAGAACGUGAGCGGGAACGUGAGCGGGAACGUGAGCGAGAGCGCGAGCGAGACCAUGAGCGGCGCAUGGUGCAGGCUUAG